GCGCGCGUCGCUAUUCUGUUGUCUCCAUCUUCAGAUUGCAAACAGGAGAAUCCGAUUUGUUUGCCUGCAUAACAUCCUUCUUCGCCUGAAAAUUGCAGUCUCUCUUUGCACUGCAGACCGUACCGGCCCUUGCAAGGCAGCGCUACUACGAUCUACCUUUGUCUCGCGACUCUUUGUCAGCUCGCCCAUUUUUGGUCUAUAUCACGAUGGCCCUUUGCCAAAACAGAUUACAGGAGGAGCGGAAACAAUGGCGACGUGACCAUCCAUUCGGCUUCUUCGCCAAGCCUGCUCGGACGAAGGAGGGAGUGCUCGACCUGAAGAACUGGGAGUGUGGAAUUCCUGGCAAAGAAAAGACAAUCUGGGAGGGAGGGCUGUUCAAGCUCAACAUUGCGUUUCCCGACGAGUACCCAACAAAGCCCCCAAAGUGCAAAUUUGUUCCCCCGCUGUUCCACCCCAACGUCUAUCCCUCAGGCACCGUUUGCCUGUCGAUUCUCAACGAGGAAGAGGCGUGGAAGCCAGCAAUCACGGUCAAGCAGAUUCUGCUCGGCAUCCAAGACCUCCUCAACGAUCCCAACCCCGAAUCGCCCGCGCAAGCCGACGCGUAUAACCUAUUCAAGAGAGACAAGGCCGAAUACGAGAAGCGCAUUCGCCGCGUGGUCCGCGAGAAUCCGGCGCCGUAAUGGACUUUGUUGCGUGAGGUGUUGAAGACUUCUAGACACUGGGGAUAUUCCUAUUGAGAAGACCGGCCAUGGCGUUGAUUGGGGGCAAUACCAGGACAUGUGAUUUUUUCGAUUUUUCUUUUAGCAAACCUUACCGAAGACGAUCAUGUUUGACUAGCUUUUCAGAAGCUAAUCUGCUAGACAACGAUAUAUGACAGUACGGAAUAGCAUCGGCGAUAUGAUUCCACAUGAGAGAAUGACUCCAUGCACUUUGGUCCAUGAAAGGGCGUAGAUUUGUAUCGGAACACAAGAGCAUUGUAGUAAUUGAC